AUGGAGUUAUUGUUUUCCAUAAAUCCUGAUGUGCGCGAGUUGGCCGAGAGUCUUGAUUGGUGGAUCAUACCUGUAUUAAAUGUUGAUGGUUUUGUUUAUUCCCAUGAGAAGGAACGAUUGUGGCGCAAAUCACGAAGACCUGCUAGUCCAGAUUAUAUUGGCAUCGAUUUGAAUCGCAAUUUCAGUCAUAAGUGGUCAGCUAAGAAAUGCGAAAGACCUGCUUCGAAUGUAUACAGUGGACCUCAUCCUGAAUCUGAACCAGAAGUUGAACAACUUACAAAUUUUAUAAAUAACAAUAUACCUGACGGAUCUAUUAAGAUUUACGUAGCAUUACAUGCUCCCGACCAAGCAAUACUUACUCCAUGGUCCUAUACGAAAGUGCCUCCCAAGCAAUAUAACGACCUCUUACAUGUGGCAAACGCUUUUGUUAAAGCUUUGUAUCCCAGAUAUCGCACCAAAUAUAAAUGUGGAACUAUGGCAAAUAUUUUGAAACCGUUUUCUGGCACAAGUACUGAUUGGGCUUAUGGGAUGAAAGGUAUACCAAUAGUCUUCUGCGUUGAAUUACCUAGUAGAGAUAUACCAAAGCUUUUCGAGUUACCCGAGCGAAUGAUUCUACGUACAAGUGCAGAGCUUUUAGAUGGAUUUAUUGGAUUGAUAAAAGCUGUGAAAGAGCUUCAGUACAUUUAA